AUGGCAGACUGGCACCAGGAGGGGCAGUGGAAAGCUCUGCAUCCUCGGGCCUGGCGUCGGUUACAUACUAUCUACCAGUCUGUGGAGCUGCCAGAGACGCACCAGAUGCUGCGCCAGACGUGCCGGGAAUUUGCUGAGAAGGAGCUGGUUCCCGUUGCAGCCCAGAUGGACAAGGAACAUCGCUUCCCGGCGGCCCAGGUGAAGAAGAUGGGCAAACUCGGGCUUCUGGCCAUGGAUGUGCCUGAGGAGUUCAGCGGCGCCGGCCUCGAUUACCUGGCCUACGCCAUUGCCAUGGAGGAGAUCAGCCGGGGCUGUGCCUCGACAGGAGUCAUCAUGAGUGUCAAUAACUCCCUCUACUUGGGGCCUAUCCUGAAGUUCGGCUCCAAGGAGCAGAAGCAACAGUGGAUCACCCCUUUUACCGGUGGCGACAGAAUUGGCUGCUUUGCGCUCAGUGAACCAGGGAACGGCAGCGACGCGGGAGCCGCCUCCACCACUGCCCGAGCAGAGGGGGACUCAUGGGUCCUGAAUGGCACCAAGGCCUGGAUCACCAAUUCCUGGGAGGCCUCCGCCGCCAUCGUCUUCGCCAGCACAGACAGAUCCUUGCAGAACAAGGGCAUCAGUGCCUUCCUGGUUCCCAUGCCGACGCCUGGGCUCACGCUGGGGAAGAAGGAAGACAAGCUGGGCAUCCGGGCCUCAUCCACUGCCAACCUCAUCUUUGAGGACUGUCGUAUCCCCAAGGACAGCCUGCUGGGGGAGCCGGGGAUGGGCUUCAAGAUAGCCAUGCAAACCCUGGACAUGGGGCGCAUUGGCAUCGCCUCCCAGGCCCUGGGCAUCGCCCAGGCCGCCCUCGAUUGUGCUGUGAACUACGCUGAGAAUCGCAGGGCCUUUGGGGCGCCCCUCACCAAGCUCCAGAGCAUCCAGUUCAAGUUGGCGGACAUGGCCCUGGCCCUGGAGAGCGCCCGGCUGCUGACCUGGCGUGCUGCCAUGCUGAAGGAUAAUAAGAAGCCUUUCACCAAGGAAGCAGCAAUGGCCAAGCUGGCCGCGUCGGAGGCAGCCACUGCUAUCACCCACCAGGCCAUCCAGAUCCUGGGAGGCAUGGGCUACGUGACAGAGAUGCCGGCCGAGCGCCACUACCGCGAUGCGCGCAUCACCGAGAUCUAUGAAGGCACCAGCGAGAUCCAGAGGCUGGUGAUCGCCGGGCACCUGCUCAAGAGCUACCGGAGCUGAGCCGCGAGGCAGGGCCGACGAGCGCCCCGCUCAGGUGCCAGGCUGGCCUGAGGACCACGGGAAAGGGGGGCAGGAGCCGUGAGGCUUUAACCCUGACGCUUGGUCUGGGACCCUGGGGGGUGGACAGCUGGGGGCCAUGCCUCUUCUUGCCAGGACCUCCCGGCCCCAGCCCUCUGCUGUGGACUCACCUGCCGCGCCCACCUCCACCCACCCCAGACCCAACUGCCUGGGGGUAAGUCUGGGAGAAAGGAAAGGUGAGGGGCGGUGACCUGCAUCGGAGGACCCCCAGUCUUCAGCUCCGUUUUUUGACUUUGCUUCCUCUUCACACCUGUGCCUUGUUCUCUUCAUCCAAGUGGACCUGGCCUCCUGGAGGCGGGGCCUUGGGAAGGGCUGACUUACCACUGUGGGACCCCCAUUUCCGUUCUCAGCAGGAGACCCAGGUGGGACAGGCUCUUGGAUGCGCCUGCUCUUUUCCCUGAGGUCAGGGGUCAGGAGGAGGAGUGGGGGCCCGCGGUGGGGGCCAGAACGACCGGUGGUCUCGGGAAGGCCAGCUGGCUCCUCGGGAAGCACCUGGAACCCCGUAAGCCGGUUCUUCAUAAAUUAUAAAUGCGUGGGAAGGGGUCUGAAUCAUUCUUGAGGACAAUCGAUUGUGGAGACGAAGUAAUAAAGCAUACCUGUGCCCUGGU